UGCGCACGGCGGCUGCAGGACGUGCAGCGUGCGAGUGGAAUCUGCUUUUCCCGGAGCCUGGACUUCUCAACGGGGGCGUGAGGCGGCGAGGGCUUCCCGGGGUGAGGACUCCGCCCUUCCCGGGGUGAGGACCCCGCCCGGGGAUCCUGCGGCGGUCGGAAGCCGAGUCCAGUUCCGCGCGUCCGCCGCAGGGGGGUGCUGCCGCUCUCGCCGGCCGCCCGCGCGCUCCAGGGUCCCCGCGGCAGGGCGCGCCGCUGCAAGAUGUCCGUGCGCCGCGGCCAGCGGCCCGCGCGGCCCGCCACCCGCCUCUGCUGGCUGCUGUGCUGCAGCGCCCUGCUGUCCCCGGCCGCGGGCUACGUGAUCGUCAGCUCGGUGUCCUGGGCCGUCACCAACGAGGUGGACGAGGAGCUGGACAGCGCCUCCACCGAGGAGGCGCUGCCCGCGCUGCUGGAGGACUCGGGCAGCAUCUGGCAGCGCAGCUUCCCGGCCUCGGCGCACAAGGAGGACGCGCACCUGCCGCCCCCGCCCGGCGCCGCCCGCGCCAGGCCGCCCCCCGCGCCGCCCGGGAUGUUCUCCUACCGGCGCGAGAACGGUCCGAGGCUGCGCCCCGGCACCGCCCGCUUCCUGGCCCAAGCCAGCGCCUGGGGCUGUCUGGCCACCGUGUCCGCCCACGAGAAGAUCCCAGGACUGCCGUUUGGGAACUGCCUGCCCAUCAGCGACGGCCCCUUGAACAACAGCACUGGGAUUCCUUUCUUCUAUAUGACCCCCAAAGACCCUGCGGUGGCCGAUCUGAUGAAGAACCCCAUGGCCUCCCUCCUGCUGCCAGAAUCGGAAGGAGAGUUCUGCAGAAAAAAUAUCGUCGACCCGGAAGACCCCCGAUGCGCCCGCCUGACCCUCACUGGCCAGAUGAUCGCGGUGUCUCCAGAAGAAGUAGAAUUUGCCAAGCAAGCCAUGUUUUCAAGACACCCCGUGAUGAGGAAGUGGCCUCGCCAGUAUGAAUGGUUCUUCAUGAAGAUGAGGGUAGAGCAUAUCUGGCUUCAGAAAUGGUAUGGAGGAGUCGCCGACAUUUCAAAGGAGGAUUACUUCAAAGCAGUCCCGAGAAAGGCCUGAUGCAGUAAGAAGUCUUCGGGGUUUGCGGGAAACAAACACCUUUCCAGUCGCGCAGCCAGACCAGGCCUGACUGCUGUCUGUCUGUUGCAGGCCUCACGGCCGCCCGGUCAUCCUCACAGCAGAAUGAGAGAGGGUGACCAGGGAGCCCUGUGCCGGGCUGGAGAUGAGAGCGUCACUCGCAAAACCCCGCUCACGCAGGUACUCAUGGGUGUAUAGCCUCUGUAUCCUAUUCAACCCGGUCUCGCCGACUAGGGAAUCAUCGUGGGUUGUCAAAGUGACACGUUGAGACAGUUGCUGUUCCAUUCCUUAGGACAAAAAAAAAAAAAAAAAGUACAUGCCAUGUGAUUGCGUUGUAUUGUGAGAGUAUUUUUGUUGCUUGAUGUGCCCAAAGCAGCCUUGAUUGGAAGCUCACCGCGAGCACGGAGGAGCUAAACACGCAUCACACGGCCACAGUCCUGUGCUUGGGGUGAGCGCGUGGGACUGGUUGUCUGUGGAGUAUUCAGCAUGCGGCUUGCUGGACUGCAGAUGCAUUAUCAAGUCACGGUUGCUGGAAUAUCCUGGUCACUCAGGAAGCCCAUGUCCCACUGUAACAAGACAAACUGUAUGAGAACAGAGUCCUGUGCACAGCCGCCUUCUGUGUAAGCGGGCCGUGGCGAUUCAUUCACGAGUUGGGACAGCUGCAGCCCCAGAUCCCCAGAUCCCCAGAUCCCCACUGCUAAUGCUGCUGAGAGAGGGUUCCUGUCCCUUAGGCACUAGAAGAGGCAUCCAAAAUAAUGAGGGUCUCAUUCUGAGGCUUGUGGGGGGGGGGAGCAGGGAAGGAAGCAAGGACAAUGUACAAGGAAGCAAUGAAGUCGGUAAUUGAAGGCACACUCCCUGCCCAGCCUUGGACCAGGCCCUAGGCAGGGUCAUCUCACGUAAGCCUGAAUGCCAAUGGUAGUCAUAUCAUCAUUGUCACUUGCAGAGGAGAAAAUUGGGGCUCAGACAGGCCAAGGCAGCAUCCCGGGGUCUGACUCACCGCACACAAUGGAUGGAAUGUACUUAGACAAUUUCCCAUCUUGAGAAUGAGACAGGAGAGUCACUGAAAUGCAUGGGUGGUCAUUGAAUCGGCAAAAUCAAUAAAGUGAGGAUUAACUUACCUGAGGCUGAUUUGCCACUGUUAACUACCAAAAAACAAACAAACAAACAAAAAGUCUCUGAAAUUUGAUUGUUACUACAGAUUUAAAAUUUUCUACAAAUUAUAUGCAGGAGCUCCUGGUUUUGCAAGGAACGACAUUGUACCUGAGUACACAUCUUAAGGUCUAUAACGUACCUAUAUGUAUACAUCCAAGACUUCUUACACUGAAGGCUAUAAAGACCUAGCAGUGCCCAGUUUUCUGUCUUUUUAUAAUGGCUAUGAACCCUCUGUGAUGUGUUAGGUGUGUUGUAUAACAUAAAAACACAACACUAUAGGAAAUAACAUUUUUUUUUUUAGAUUUAUUUAUUUAUUUAUUUGACAGAGAUAGAGACAGCCAG